GUGUUGCAUUCUGGCAACAUCUUCCUCGACUUUUCAACCGCGAAAACUAUCGUGACCAAUUCGCCUACCCAUCGAAACGACGGGGAAGAAUACCGUAGAAACUUUAGUGGCAUGUUCGUCGUCAUCGAAUUUAAAUGCCAACUACUCCGGUAUCACUCAAUUGGUUGCGUGCGACUGUGCAGAGGAGGGAGACCAAGUGCACCGUAAAAAACAAAGCCGAGCUCCUAAUGGUUGUCACUGCAUAGACGGUUAGAGUGUCAGUCGCAUUCGCUGGCCGGCUUCUAGAGAAUCAUCGACGAUGGUCGCGGAAAGCACGAGGGAAAAUGAGGAGCCACUCUUCACAAUCAAAAACAACGUGCUCAUAGGAGUUAAGAGACCGAUAGAAUAUAAAUAUAGCUGCAGUGCGAUGUUAUUGUACGACUCUAUGAAGAGUAAUUCGAAUUCUAUCGCUCAGGUGGACAUUGUCACGGGAAAAGAGGACACUUACGGGGAAAUGCUGGACCGCGCAGUAAAAUGUGCUCUGUGGUUAAAGAAGCAAGGAGUGAAGAAAGGAGACAUUGUCGCAGUGUCGACCCACAAUCACCUGGAUUGCUUCAUUCCGUGUCUCGCGGCGAUGUUCAUUGGUGCCAUAUUCAAUCCAUGGGAUUAUGGGAUGAAUACCAAUCUCGCGCGCCAUUUUUUGGUACUGACUGAGCCGAAAGUGAUCUUCGCGAACGAACAGUCAGCUGGGGUUGUGCUGGAAGCAGCGAAGAUCGAAACUGUCGACGUACAAGUAGUCACUUUUGGCGAAUAUUCCGGCACUAUACCGUUCGCAGAGAUUCUUCAGGGUCACGACGAGUCCGAAGUUGAAGGCUUCCGUUGCCUAGAAAUCGAGAACCUCAAGGACACAGCGAUAAUACUCUUCUCCUCUGGUACUACUGGCCUGCCGAAAGGAGUGCAACUGUCGCACAAAGCGACCCAAGAUUUGUUAGAAAAUAAAAACGAGUUCAAUCUACUCAUGGAGACGCCGCUGUGGUUCAGUUCUUUGUAUUGGAUCAGCGGCACCUUAUUUAACCUAAAGAGCAUCUCCCUCGGCUUGAAGAAAUACAUCCCACCGGAAUUCGAAGUGCAAACAGCCUAUGAAAUCAUAGAGAAGUAUAAGAUUACGUGGUUAAUGUUGAGUACCAGUAUGAGCAAUCGAUUUAUACGGUAUAAAGGUUUGCAGAAUUACGACCUCUCGAGCUUAAAGUGCCUCUUCGUAGGCGGUGCCACUUUGAAAAAGGAAUCUCAAGAUCUACUGACGAAAAAUCUGCCACAUACGACAGUAUUACAGGGUUACGGCAUGACUGAACUAUCCGGAAUAUGUGCUGUUCAAAGGCCGAAUGCUACUAGCGGUUCCUGUGGCACGGUUUGCACAAACUGCGAACUGAAAAUCAUUGACGUUGAGACAGGCACCAAUUUAGGUUCGAAUCAACACGGUGAAAUCUGCGUGAAAUCACCCAUUGUAAUGAACGGUUAUUAUAAAAACCCGGAAGCAACGAAAGAAAUAAUCGAUAACGAUGGUUGGCUACACACGGGCGACCUCGGUUAUUAUAAUGAGAAAGGGGAACUGUUCAUUGUUGACAGAUUGAAAGAAAUCAUUAAAUUCAGGGGAUACCAGAUAGCACCGACUCAGAUUGAGAACCUCUUACAGUUACACCCGAGUGUCCUGGAGGUCGCAGUCGUCAGCAUACCUCACCCCACGGACGACGAGCAUCCCAUUGCUUUCGUUAGCACAGUGCCUAAUAACGAAGUGACCGCAGCUGAAUUGAUGAUGAAGGUGGAAAAUAAUUUAAUGGAUCCAUACAAGCUACGUGGGGGUGUAAAGUUUCUACCGAGUCUACCUCACACUCAGUCUGGCAAGAUAUCUAGGAAGGAAUUGAAAGCGAUGGCAAGGUCAUUAUCUGCUCGCUAAGUUUUAGCGAGUUUUAGUAUUAUUAUAUUAUAGAAGUGGAGAAAUUAGUAAUAAAUUGCAUAAUGUACCUGUUAUUUUACCACGGAAUGCAGUAUUUAUGUAAAUAUAUGAUAUUUUUAAUCUACGUAAUAUAUGAGAUAUUGCUAUUUAUUAAAGAAAUUAAUAUUUAUUUCAAAACAAUUUGUUUCUCUCAUAAUUCUUCUGCGUGCAAUAAUUUUCUGUAAUAAUCAUAAAAGUGGAUCAAUGAUAUUAUGAUUCAAAACGAAUAAAAAAG